GAUGAACAAGAUAAACACUGAAAGCGAAGCAGAAACAUUCCUUUUUAACAAAAUAUAAAUGAUGAUUAAGGUGCAGUUACAGUUAUGGGUACCUUUCAAUCCACUGGCCUUUGAACAAUUCGAUGGCCGUUUUCUUUCCACUUUCUGACUCAUGAUGAUUUUCUUCGCCAGUCAAAAAACUCUCUCUCUCUCUCUCUCUCUCUCUGUUCAGGAAUCAGAUUCCUCUCUGUCACAGAUUUGCUAUUUGAUUAGGAUGAUUCUCUCUUUCUCCCCCCUUAUAAACACCCCCCCAAACCAAAAAAAAAAAAAAGUUUGUUACUCUUGUCGCGUACCAGUAAUUGGGCUUAUUCAUUGAUCUUCUCCUUUUAAGAAAACAUUGUCUCUAUCUGAUUUUAUUAAGAGAGGAAGGGAGACUUGUUGGGGAAGAAGGAGACAUGAGAAGUUUGGAGGGAGCACUAGAAUGGCUCAGACCCUUUGUUGCCUCUAAGGCUUGGGACUACUGUGUUGUUUGGAAGUUGGGCGAUGACCCUUCAAGGUUUAUUCAGUGGAUGGGUUGCUGUUGCGGUGGCGGUGGUAAUGUCAAAGAGGAAAGAGGAGGAGAGAACAACUCGGCUGCUCUUUGCCGGGAUUUGUAUUUUAAACAUCCAAUCAGGACCAAGGCAUGUGAGGCUCUUGCUUGUUUCCCUUCUUUCAUGCCUUUGUAUUCUGGCAGGAUUCACGGAGAGGUGGUGACAUCAACUCAAUCAAAGUGGAUUACCCAUGCCAAUGCCUCCGACUCGAAUCUCUCUCCCGAGUUGAUUGGCACUCGAGUUCUAAUUCCUGUAUUUGGAGGACUUAUUGAGCUUUUUGCAGGACAACAUAUAGCAAAAGAUCAGAAGAUUAUAGAAUUUAUUACGGCUCACUUUAAUGUCCUAAAACAAGAGGCCUCAAUUGCACAUGACUAUGCCAGCAUCAAUGAGCUGUAUCUUGAUUCAUUUCCUGAACAUAACUUGCAAAACUUGCAGCCUCCCAGCCACUUGUCAAGCUUGAUUCCUCCAAUACACAUUCAUCACCCAUUAAACCAACCCAAUAAUCACUCUAGCUUUGAAGGAUCUUCCAGUGUUUCCAAUCCUUCGAAUGAGCAUUCAUCAUUUGACUCUCAUUCUGGUGGUUAUCUAUCUCGGAAAGGAAUUUUGAAGCAAUCAAUAGGAAAACCCUAUGGCAAAAGAAAAUCCGGGUAUGAUGAGGACUUAUUGAAGCAACAAGCAGGUCUAAUCCCAGAGAGUAACAAUGAAGUUGCAAAAGUGAUCCAGAGGUCUGAAAGAGAUCAUUUCAGAUCUAAGAAUCUUGUCACUGAGAGGAACAGGAGGAACAGGAUGAAAGAUGGGCUCUUUACUCUGCGAGCUCUAGUCCCCAAGAUAUCCAAGAUGAAUAAAGCUGCUAUCCUUGGGGAUGCAAUUGAUUACAUUGGUGAGUUGCAAAAUGAGGAGAAGAAACUCCAGGAUGAGCUAAAGGAAAUUGAAGAACAGGAAUGCAAAAAUAGCACAGAAAAAAUAAUUACUUCAAGGUUGGAGUCGUUACGCGAAGACAGCAAAUAUCUGCCUCCUACUGAGAAAAACCAGUAUUCCUCUGGUUUUGGUGAUAAGAAAAAGACAGAGGUGCAGAUAGAAUUAAACCAGAUUGGCAAAAGAGAAUUCCUGAUUAAGCUCUUCUAUGAGCAUAAGCGAGGAGGGUUUGGGAAGUUGAUGGAUGCUAUUCAUUCAUUAGGUCUUCAAGUUGUUGAUGCUAAUAUGACAACAUUUAAUGGCAAGGUUCUGAACAUUCUCAAGGUUGAGGCUACUGUGAAGGACAUUCAACCAAGGAAAUUGAAAGAGUCAUUGCUGAAGCUGGGAGGUUAGACAAUUCAGACAUAUACAAUGUAAGCUCAGGUUACAGAAAUUGAACAGUAUAAGUAAAUUGGGGGCUUCUCCAUUCAUCUAUGUUCCGCUAAGGCUGUUGUAGUAAUCUACCCAAAUUAGCUUUGAUAUUCAAAUAUAACAACCUUGUGAAACUGUUAUUGACUGAUACAGAAUUAUAUUUCCCCCUC